AUGAUUAUUUUUAAGAGGAACUUUUCUAGAUUUAUAAAUAACAAUACGCCAAAGAGGGGUGUACGAAAAAAUCUGCAUAGAAAUGUAACACAAUAUAAUUCUAUGCCAAAUAACCUUCAAAAUCAGCAAUAUGGAAAUAAUCAAAUAUCUAGAUUUGGUGGAGGAUUGUUAAAUACUUUUUAUGAAAGCUUUGUAUAUGGAUGUGGUUUUUUUUUAAGUAAUAGAGUGUUAGAUCAAAUAUUUGGUCCACGUACAUACGAUACCUUUAACAGCAAUAUAGGCAAUUAUCCAAAUGAUAAUACAGACGCAUAUUCCAAUAAUAAUUAUAACAAUUAUUCCAAUGAACAUUUUAAUAACGAAGAUCCAUCCAUUAAUGACAAUGAUUUUCAACAAGACAUUGGUUUGGACGAUGAUAUAUUUGAUAUUUAA